AUGGGGAGGGCGAAACUGAAGAUGGAACUGAUAAGCAAUGAGAGAUCAAGAACCCUCACUUUCAAGAAAAGAAAGGAGGGCCUCACGAGGAAACUGCGUGAAUUCACCACCCUCUGUGAUGUCAAUGCCUGCAUGAUCAUCUACGGCCCGAAGCCAGAAAUCGGGCCUGAGAUUUGGCCGCAGAAUAAUCCAGACGAGGUUCGUCGUAUGAUCCAAGUGUACAGCGCCCGAAACAGGGAUUCGGGCAGCAAGAGCUUCGGCCUGCCUGAUUUCUUCAACGAUAGGAAGAGAAAGCUGGAGGAAGAGUUCGUCAAACUGCGGCGGAAGAAUCUGGAGGCCAAGUACCCCACCUGGUUUGAGUUCUUGAACGAUUUAUCGGAAGCCCAGUUGCGAGAUUUUGCUGUCGGAUUGAAGAACAAGGCUGGGUCUGUGAAAUCCAGGAUUGAAUUCUUGAAGUGUUCAAGAAACGAUAAUCCGGGCCUGGAAUUUGAUCAGUUGAUGAUGGAUGCCGCAAGAUUGAACCAGUUCUACAAUCUGAAUCAACAGCAGCAGAUUUCAUCUGUUGAUCACCAUCAUGAUCAUCAUGUGCAGUGUGCGAACCAGGAUCCUUUGAUGAUGAUGCUAAUGAUGAAUGAGAACAAUGAUCAGUUAAUUGGGGCUGCUGCAGGAUCAUUUGAUCAUCAGGACAAUGUAUUCUACGGGAUGGAGCCAACCGGCCCGGUGGGUCCUGUCAUCUGUUAUGGGCCGACGCCAGUCGAACAAUACUAUACACCACCACCUAUGGCGCUGCCGCUGUCACUGCCACCACCGCCCUACAUUCCGGUGAUGUCCCGGCUGCAGUUCUCGACAAUGGAGAACUAUUAUCAUGAUGGUGCAGCUCUGGAGGAUAUUUUUCAAGAUAUGAUCAGAUGA